AUGAGUUAUCACCGUCCCCCACGACCUCCCGCCUCUACCUCCCAAGACUCUAAUAAUAUGUACGAGGAUCCGCCUUACGAAGCCAACCAGCUGCAGUACGAGUAUCACGAUGCCUCCCCACAGGGCUACCGGAAGGAUAAUACAAGAACGCCUCCUCGAGGGCCUGCUGGCGAAAGGAUGAACGAGUCCGAUCGCUAUCAAAGAGAUGAGCGCGAUGGGAACGGCCAUGGACGCGAACGUUCCAGGUCUCCCCGAUGGGAAGGACGAGGACGGUACACCGACCGUGAUAGAGAAGGUUAUCGGUCUCCCCCGCGCAACAGGAGCCGGAGCCGUUCGCCAUACUUUGGAGGACCACCGAAUCGAAAUGUGAUUCUCGAAGGACUUCCCACAGACAUGACACAGGAAGACAUUUUGAAUGAACUUCGACAAAGCUUUCGACUCGAAGGCCUAGAAGAAGUCAGAUUGAUUAAAGAUAAGAGGACAGGAGUGUCUCGUCAAUUUGCAUUUGCGCAAUUUGUCGGCAUUCUAGAAGCCAGACGCUUUCUGGAACAAUACUACCCGACAGUCGCCCUUUAUGGCGCAUAUCCGAAUCAAGCGACUAGUACACAGCCUGCACAAGUCAGAAUAGCAUUUAGCAGAGACGAUCGAGACAAGUCGGGCAAAAGCGAAGAUGACUGGAGGUGUGAAGUGUGUUAUGCAUCGAAUUUUUCUACUCGAACAUUAUGCUACAGGUGUAAUGCCCCAAGAACCCGUGCGACGGCUCAUGGCGUUUUUGUUGCACAGGGGAACAUAUCUUCGUUCUCUGGCUUUGCCGCUACUGGUGAUAGCGAUGCAUCUCCUGACGGCACUGCAUCUCAGUUUCUCCUACUACGCGGCUUGGAGCCUGGGGUUAAUGAGGAGUUGCUGGCGAAAGGGGCUAUUAAGCUUUACAAGACCAAGGCGACAACCACGACACCCCCUGGAGACGCCCCCGUAGCGAAAAAGACGAAAAUUGCUUCCACGUCGAACGAUUCCAGCGCGGGUGCUAAAGAUGGAUCGCUUCGUCGUGUUUUAUUGGUUCGGGAUAGGCAAUCUAACGAUAGUUGGAAAUAUGGCUUUGCAGAGUUCAACACCGUUGAAGAUGCCCAAGCUGCCAUGAUGAAGUACAAAGCUUCUGAAAAGUUCACUAUCUCAUCUAAACCUGUCAUGGUGUCAUAUAUACAUGCAGGGGUUUUUGUGCCGGUACUUCAUCCACUAGGAGAUGAAUUCGCCAACUUCACUUUCAGCCCUCUUUCGAAUGCUGCUGUCAAACUAAUGUACUGGGACGAAGCUGCAUACGCCAGUGAGUUUGUAAUUGCUACGGCCGACCAAUCAACUGUUUCGAAGAACAAAGAGACUGAACAUGCAAAACUAGCUGCCGCAGCGGCCGGCGAAGGUCUUGUUGUCCCAGGCAAGGAAGGGGAACCGCGAUCAAAGAAGCGGAAGGUCGAAAAGGACACAAAGGUCGUUGCGCCUCAUCUCAAGUUCUGGACCAACAAACAUGCCGAAAUUCAUGGAGGUCCCGCCAAGAACGAGGAUGUCACAUCUGAUACCGCACAAAUGGAGCCUGUGACGAAGGUAGAAGAGGAGGUAGCAGAGUCGCUGCCAGGCCAGACUUUUGCUGAUCUGGAACGCAAGUGCUGUUUGCUUUGCUCGCGACAGUUCAGAACUGAACCCGAAGUAAAUAAGCAUGAACGAAUCAGCCAGCUUCACCGGGAUAAUAUGAAGGACGAGAAGCUAGUAGCAAAAGCCUUGGCUAAGAUGAGAAAGUCGUCGGAAUCGGUUUCUGAGAAUUCGGCCUAUCGCGAUAGGGCUAAAGAAAGACGACAAGCUUUCAAUCAACCAAAGCAGCCUGCUGCCCAACACAACCGACCGAAAGCUUCUGGCACAUUAGCUACUAAGGAGGAGGAAGAGGCGCCAGUAACGUCAAAGGGUGCCGCUUUGCUGGGUAAGAUGGGUUGGACUGCAGGAGAGGGUCUGGGUGCGCAGGGAUCAGGAAGAACAGAUGCUAUAACUACAGAACUCUAUGCGCAGGGCGUUGGUCUCGGAGCCCAGGGUGGAAAAGUCGGCGAUGCGGUCGAGGAGGCCCAUCGUCAGACGAAGGGAAGUUACGCGGAUUUUCUGAAUAAGACUAAAGAUAAAGCGAAGGAAAGGUUCGACAGUCUGACCUGA